CCAUUUUUCUGUUGAAGACCUAAAAUUGAUGUGCUGGUGAUUUGUGAGCUACAAAUAAGCUUGGACUGUCGUUUAAAAGUGCCCGGAUUUUCACGAAUUAGUUGCAAACAUAUAGCUCAAGUUGCCUAGAUUGCGGCGAUACUAAAAGAUCAAUAUGGCUGAUGAAAGUCUACUGAAUGAUUCCAACCUUGGAACUCUUGGAUCCAACGACGAUGAUUCAGAGCUGAUUAUCGAGGAUGAUUACCUCAAAGGGGCAGAAAUGCAAAUCGACCCUGAACUAGAGGCAAUUAAAGCACGAGUAAAAGAAAUGGAAGAAGAGGCUGAAAAGUUAAAACAACUGCAAACAGAGGUAACCAAGCAGAUGACAUUGGGAUCCCCGACCGGAACCACGCCGAUUCUAACAGCAGAAGAAAAGGCAGAAAUUGAUAAUCGGUCGAUCUAUGUUGGUAAUGUGGAUUAUGGAGCAACUGCUGAAGAGUUGGAGGCUCAUUUUCACGGCUGUGGAACCAUUAAUCGUGUCACCAUUCUGUGCAACAAAGUCGAUGGACAUCCCAAGGGUUUCGCCUAUAUCGAAUUCGGUUCCAAGGAAUUCGUGGAGACGGCUCUUGCCAUGAAUGAAACCCUUUUCCGCGGUCGGCAAAUCAAAGUGAAUCCGAAACGGACAAAUCGACCAGGAAUGUGCACAACCAACCGAUUCCCACGGGGAUUGCGUGGCCGAACCUCUCGCGUUUCCCGUGCUUGCUGCUAUGGAUCCCACCGGGGAACCAGGAGGCCAAUUCGCGGAUAUCGGGGACGAGCUACCUACUACGCGCCAUACUAGGAAUCAACUAGCGGCAGGGAUCAAUACGUCAUUAACACUAACAAACACGACACAUGUAUCUUUACUUGUUUCAGCGGAGUAACUAGCAGCUGACGGUGACUCACUUCUGAUUUAUAUUCUUAAAACAUAUAACCUUCUUUCAAAAAACAUUAUUAGUCUUCAAGUUUUCUCAACAAAAAAAAGAUCAUUUUCGUUGAAAAAUGGCUUCACAUUUCCAGUUUCCCAAUUUAAUUAAGCCUAGUCGAUUAGUUUCCAGAAUAAUGUUUUUUGAAUUUUUCAAUCAAAUGAAAAAAGAACAAGCCAUGCAAAAGAAUGCAGAAAAAAAAAACAAAAAGAUGCGGAUAUCACUUAAAAAAAGACACCAAAAGAUCACAUGAAAAAAAUAAUAAAUAUCCACAUACAAAAAUCAUGGCAAAAAAUCGCAAUGGCAUACUAAAAAAUAAUGGGAAAAAGACAAAUACAUCCGCCACUAAGAAAAAAAAUGAACUGCGUAGAGAGAAAAGAAGGCAAAUGUUUUUGAAAAGAAAAGAUGGUACUGGCGAAAAGAGGACUCGGGCCCACAGAUUCAAAAAAUAACAAAAAGAGGAGCAGUGAAAAAAUGGAACUAAAAAUAAGCAAAACAUUCAACUAUAUAAAAAGUAUAUAUAGAUUAAAAAAGCGCUAAAAUUUUGCAAACCUUAAA